UGGAUCACGUGCUGUUCCUGUGGCGGAAGUAGAUCUGGCAAGUAAGCAGCUGGCUUAGAGUACACGGAGGCGGAGAGCGGUCGAGGAAAGAUGACUGGGAACGGUGGAAGCGACCCGAGGAGGCCGGGGAAAGUGCAGAGGUACAAACCUCCCACGACGGAGAACUCCCCGACCCUGGACGACCCCACGCCGGAUUACAUGAACCUGCUGGGUAUGAUUUUCAGCAUGUGUGGCCUGAUGCUUAAGCUGAAGUGGUGCGCCUGGAUCGCCGUCUACUGCUCAUUCAUCAGCUUCGCGAAUUCACGCAGCUCCGAAGACACUAAACAGAUGAUGAGCAGCUUCAUGUUGUCCAUUUCCGCCGUGGUCAUGUCCUAUCUCCAGAACCCACAGCCCAUGUCUCCCCCCUGGUAGCGAGCCUUCGGAGACGGACAAGGGGAGCGAUCGUGGAUUGCCACUCUCUGCCAUCGUCACGGUGUGCCAGCGAUUAGAACAAAGAGACUGCGAGACCGUUUGUGUAUGUAAAGCAAAGCGAGUGUUCUUCUCUCCCUCUGCCUCGGUGCGGAGGGUAAACCGGUGCACACUACCUCUGCGAGGAAGCUCUCCGCCUCUACAGGAAGAUUGAAGAGUGGUUAUUGGCAAACCCCGGGCGCCCAGUCAGUGAUAAAAGGAAUGCUUGGCUCAUUUAUAACGAGGUCUGUGAAUAAACAUCUCCAUUGGCCC